AUGUCGGAACUAUCAGAAAAUGAAUGUUUCUACAUGGAUAAAGCCUUUUUCUAUGCUAAGGAAGCCCUGACAAAUCAAGAAGUACCAGUGGGUUGCGUUUUUAUCUAUUCCAAUCAAAUAAUAGCUUUGGGACGAAAUACAGUUAAUGAAACUCGUAAUGCUACGAGACAUGCAGAAAUAAAUUGUAUUGAUCAAGUUGAAAAUUACUGCAAUGACAACAAUUUAAACACCCUUGUAGUUUUUUCAGAAAUAUCCGUUUAUGUAACUGUUGAACCUUGUAUAAUGUGUGCGGCAGCUCUUUUUAGCUUAAAGAUUAAAAAAAUUGUGUACGGUUGUAGAAAUGAUCGAUUUGGGGGUCAAACUGUGUUUGAUGUAGCAUCCAUUUUAAAUCCAGUUACAGAGCUAAAGGGGGGUUAUAGAGGGGAAGAAGCUAUGGAACUUUUAAAGGAAUUUUAUAGAGGUUCUAAUCCUAAUGCUCCAGCAGGUAAAGCCAAAGUCAAGAAAAAUUAG